CCCGACGGGAUGCCCGCAGCCAUGCUCCCCUUCGCUUUCAUCCUGGUGCUUUUGGGAGCUGGCACCGUAGAGGCAGCUGGGGCUGCUGAGGGCAGCCACCUGCGCUGGGAGCCCAGCUGUCAGCAGCCUGUGCCUGACAGCAAGUCCAUCAUGGCAGUCCUGCCCCCCCGCCUCGAUGGGCCCUGGAUCUCCACCAGCUGCGAGGUGCGCCCGGGACCAGAGUUCCUCACCCGCUCCUACACCUUCUAUCCCAACCGCCUCUUCCGAGCGUAUCAGUUCUACUAUGGCGACCCCUCCUGCCGGCAGCCUGCCCACUCACUGGUGAUCAAAGGCAAAGUCCGCCUGCGUGGGGCCUCCUGGAUCACCCGGGGCGCCACUGAGGCUGACUACCACCUACACAAGGUGGGCAUCGUGUUCCAUAGUCGCCAUGCCCUGCUUGAUGUCACCAGGCGCCUCAACCAGACUCAAGCCAGCCAGGAUUGUGUGGGGCGGUUACCUCCAGUCUGGGCCUGGCUGCCUGGGGCGCUGUAUGAGCUGUUGAGUAUCCGAACCCAGGGGGACUGCAUAGCAGCGCUGGGCUUCAGCAUGCAUGAGCUCAGCCUGGUGCGCGUGCAGCGUCGCCUGCAGGCACAGCCCCUGGCCACACCCCAGCUGGUUGAGGAGCUGUAUCUGGGAGACAUCCACACUGAUUGGGCAGAGAGGCAGCACUACCGGCCCACCGGCUACCAGCACCCACUGCAGAGCGCCCUGCACCACGCCCGGCCCUGCCCGGCCUGUGGCCUGGUGGCGCGGGCCGAUGAGCACCACCCGCCCGUGCUGCCCCCAGCGCGGGCGCUGCCGCUGCGCCUGGGCGGCCGCUGGGUGAGCGCGGGCUGCGAGGCACGCCCGGCCGUGCUCUUCCUCACGCGGCUCUUCGCCUUCCACGGCCACGGCCGCUCGUGGGAGGGCUACUACCGCCACUUCUCCGACCCCGCCUGCCGCCAGCCCACCUUCACCGUGUUCGCCGCCGGCCGCUACUCCAGGGGCGCCCCCUCCGCCAGGGUGCGCGGGGCUACCGAGCUGGUGUUCGAGGUCACGCGCGCCCACGUGACGCCCAUGGACCAGGUCACCACGGCCAUGCUCAACUCCUCUGCGCCGGGCAGCUGCGGUGGCCCCGGGGCCUGGUCCCUGGGCACUGAGCGGGAUGUCACGGUCACCAAUGGAUGCCUGCCACUGGGCAUCCGGCUGCCCCACGUGGAGUACGAGCUCUUCAAGAUGGAGCGGGACCCCCGCGGACAGAGCCUGCUCUUCAUCGGACAGAGGCCCACGGACGGCUCAAGCCCCGACACCCCAGAGAGGCGCCCCACCUCCUACCAGGCGCCCCUGGUGCUCUGCAGGGCGCAGGCCCGAGACGCCCCCAGGCCCCCACCGCACAGGGCCCCGCUGCAGAAGGCCCCUGGUGGUGGGGGACCCUGUCCUCCUGUCGCCCCUCUCCCUGUCCUGCUCCUAGUUCAAGGGCUGGCAUUCUCCACUGGCUAUGACCUCCGUCUUCCUCUUGGAGAUGCUCCUUGA